UUGUAGAGAAGGAACCAAGAUAUUGUGCGGUCACAGCUGUUCUGGUGGGCACGUUGACGCGCGCUCUCGCCUCCGCACACUUUUCCCACUCUAAUUUCGGCGCACAUGCGAGAAUGCCUCCUAAAAAUGGCCAGAAAGGAGGAGCGACCCAGUCUAAAAAAACGGACCAGAAGAAAAAGGAGAAAAUAAUCGAGGACAAGACAUUUGGCCUGAAGAACAAGAAAGGAGCAAAGCAACAGAAGUUUAUCCAGCAGGUGCAGCACCAAGUUAAGCAUGGAGGAACCAAAAGUGCAAGAGAGCUUGAAAAGGAUAACCCGUUAAAAAAGAAGGACGACGAGAAGAAAAAGCUAGCCGAGAUCAAUGCCAUUUUCCGACCAGUCCAACAAACUGCAAGUAAAGGUGCUGAUCCAAAAUCAGUCUUGUGUGCAUUCUUCAAGCAGGGUCAAUGUGGAAAGGGCUCAAAGUGUAAAUUCUCUCACGAUCUCAAUGUGGAGCGUAAGAGUGAAAAACGUAGUGCCUAUGUUGAUGUAAGAGACAGGGAAGAGACAAGUGCGGACUGGGACGAGGCGACUCUCUUAGAUGUAGUGGAGCAGAAACAUGGGAAGGAGAAGUCCAAGCCCAGUACCGAAAUUGUUUGCAGGUUCUUUUUGGAUGCUGUGGAGAAUGGCAAAUAUGGUUGGUUUUGGGAGUGUCCUAAUGGAGGCGUGUGUAUUUAUCGUCAUGCCUUGCCCCCAGGCUUUGUACUCAAGAAGGAUCGCAAGAAAAUGGAUAAGCAGAAAGAAGAAAUUAGCCUUGAAGACCUUGUGGAGCGUGAGCGAGCUGCAUUAGGCCACAAUACAACAAGAGUCACUUUAGAAACAUUCUUAGCAUGGAAAAAGAGAAAACUAAAAGAAAGGGAAGAACAGGAGAAAAGGGAAUCGGAUAAAAGGAAAAAGGACUUCCAUUCUGGCAAAGACUUUGGGUUGUCAGGUCGUGAAAUGUUUACAUUUAAUCCCAACUUGGCAACUGAAGGUGGAGAUGAUAUUGAAGAAGGUGACGAGUCAUUUGAUGUACGGAAUUUGGGAAAAGAUCCUGAGGAUGAUCAACAAGAAAUUGAGUACCGGGAAAUCAAUAUUAAUGAUUUACUGUCCGAGUACCAGGAAGUUGAGUCGUCCAAUGUAUCCAUAGCCAAUCCUGAUAGACUGCAGCAGCUCCAAGAUGAGAUAGCGUUAGAUGCAGCCAAGACUGUUGCGGAAACUGCAGCAGUGGAUGCAGGAGCUGCUGGAGGAGUAGUGGAUGGUGCAGUUGGAGGAGACACGGCGGAUGUGGAUAUAGACAUAGACGAAGAGUUAUUUGAUGGCGACGACGAAGACCUUGACGAGUUAGAUGAACAACUGGAAGAUAUGACAGUCUCCUAGAAGUGAUUAACAUCAGGGUACAAGUUGAGCCACAUCUUUUUUGGCUGAAUAUAGGCCCAUUAUUGGCAUAAUACAAUUAUUCCUGUACAGAACCUUACAAAAUUAAGAAACUAAAUUGUUUUGGUGAUAUAAACUAGAAUGGAUCCUAAGCUUAGUGCCACAUUUAACAAUGGCAUAACUAUCUAUCAGUCCAUCUGUUUACCUAAAUUAGUUUAAAAAUGUGUACUAUACUGGGUAGUUAGCUUAUUAAGAUUAUAAUGCAUCUACCCAAUACUUUCACCAGGUUUAAUCUCAUGGGUUGACACACACUCCUCCUAACAUUGUUAUUUUACACUUUAACAAAUUGUAUUAAUAUCUUCUGCUUUACAUAGUUUAUUCGUUUGUACACACACACAUGCAAACAUUUAUAAUUAUAUAUAUAUAUAUAUAUAUAUAUAUAUAUAUAUAUAUAUAUAUAUAAAUAAAAUAUGUAUGUAUGUAUGUAUCGGCAUCUGAGCAAGUUCUAAAGAUUUCUUAUCUACAAUCUAAAUAACUGUUAAGUAAAACACUUCAAAUAUUUAGUAAUACAUAGGUGCUGAGCACAACAUUUGAUCUCUGGUAUUCAUUUUCCUGAAGUCCUCAGUGACGAACCCUUACAAAAAAUAUUUGACAAUUAUAUUUCUAACAUCAGUGAUAUGAUGAACAUUUGGUAUAAGGUUAAAUGUGAUAUAUUUUUCAGGAAAACAUGCAGGGUCUUUGGGGGAGGGGAACUUCCUUACCAUUCUAAUUGUGUGAAGGGAAAAGUUGCUGUUGAUUUGAUAUUUCACUCGUGUGUUCUCCGACAGAUGGUUAGUGCAGGUGCUUUGUGGUUUUCGCGUAAAAAUCUGUCCACAUUGCAUCAGUUUUAUCCAGUUUAAUGCUUUAAUGUUUGGCAUCAAACAAAGUCAACGGUCUCAAAGUGAGACUCGUACCCAAACAGUUACCUUGAAUACUCUGAGACGGUAAAUGAUACAAUAGCUGGAAAAUAAAGAGAAGCACACUUGAAUAAAUACGUAAGCUUUAGAAUUCAUUUUCAGUGAAAAUAGGUAUGUUUAACCCCUAAAUUUUUCCUUGAAAGUCAAUACAUAGUUGUAAUUUACUUGUAUAACUUGAUGCAAAUGUUGUGAACUCGUUAACAAUAAAAUAACGUAGUGUUAGAGUAGCAACGAGGAUAGCAUUGUGCAUAUUUAGGACUCCCUCGGGCUUUGAAUAGACUGGUAUUUCACUGUGUGAAAGGAGCUAUAAAUGUUUUAAUGCUUCUUUUAUUACAGUGCAUUAUUUAACUGGUCUUCUCGGUCAUGUGGAAGUAAACCCCAUAUACUUUGUACAGUUUGUUGCAUCAUUAAAUCCAUUUCAUAUAUCAUAAUGUCAUCACAUCAAAAGUAUUAAAGAUUAAAAUAUUUUAUUUUGCCCCAUGGGAUUGAAUAUCAGUAUUUUCCUGCCUUGAAUCAAGAGCAGAGGAAGGUAUCAGUUGGAUUGUGUAGAAAUGUUAACAGCAUUGCUAAUGCACACAUUAUUGGCUCAUAAUGCUCAUUCUCAUUGCAGAAUUUCUACUAUCCUGUCCUUGGUUUUUAUCAAACAUUUGCUUGUAUCAAGCUCGUAUAUAUUCUCAACACUUACCGGUAUUUGAUAAUGCUGUGAAAUACCUUCAGAAUGGUGGAAUGUUAAACAGUGAUGUGUAUAACUGUUAAAUGCUGUUAUUUUGCACAUUAUGCUUUGUACAUUUCAAUGGAUAUGGAAGGCUGCCUUUGCUGUGGUGGCAAUUUGUGUUUUAUAGGAGGUACGGUAUAGCUUUAUAUGCAGAUGAAUUUUUACCUUAUGUGUACCUUGCCUAUAUGAAAGAUGUGGUGCAGUUGAUUAUCCUGUUUGAGAAAUAAAUCCACACAAUAUUAAA